AUGUUAAAAUCUGAAACUUUCAGAUUAUAUGAAUUGUUGAAAUUUUCAUAUGAUAUGUCCGAUUAUGAUGAUGUUCGGUACUGCUGCUCAGGAGCAAAAGUCUGCUUAGAAUGCUGGCUAUUGAUGACCAUCGCCAUUAAAGUGAUGGAUAUUGCUCUCAGAGAUGAUUUUGGUUUUAAUCACAUACUCUGGGUAUAUAGUGGCAGACGCGGUGUUCAUUAUUGGGUUUGUGAUGGGAGAGCGAGGAGGUUGACUAAUGAACAGAGGGCAGCUAUUGCAGACUACUUCAGGGUAUACAAGGGAAAUGAAAAUAGUAAUAAGAAAGUGUCUUUGGUGGGUCCAGCUCUGCAUCCUUUACUGGCGAGAUCAUAUACAGAUGUCUUGAAGGUCUUUUUUGAAGAGAAACUGCUUGGUGGGCAGAAAUUAUUUGCAUCCGAAGAGAAAUAUCAAAAGAUCCUUGACAUGAUUCCUGAUGAAACUAUUGCUACAGAGCUACAGGCAAGGUGGCAGGAAAACCGAUGGUCCAUCUCAAAAGAAGACCUUAAUGUUGUCCGAUGGGAGCAAUUAAAACACGCAUUGCAGUCUGGGAAGCAAAAGGCACAGGGGCUUCGUCGGUGUGUUGAAGAGAUUGUUUUCUCGUAUGCAUAUCCGAGACUGGAUAUGGAGGUGUCCAAACACAUGAAUCAUUUGCUAAAGGCACCUUUCUGUGUACACCCAAAAACAGGUUAG